UCCUGAAGGAGUGGCGGAGAGGGCGCGCACCUCCGCUUCUGCUCCUGCGGUAUACCGGGCCGUGGCCUCCCCCGCCGCUCCCCUCCCGCUGCCAUGCACCCCGCGGCCUUCCCGCUUCCUGUGGUUGUGGCCGCCGUGCUGUGGGGAGCGACCCCCACCCGCGGGCUCAUCCGAGCGACAUCGGACCACAAUGCCAGCAUGGACUUUGCAGACCUGCCAGCGCUCUUUGGGGCUGCCCUGAGCCAAGAAGGACUGCAGGGCUUCCUUGUGGAGGCUCACCCGGCCAACGCCUGCAGCCCCAUUGCCCCACCGCCCCCAGCCCCGGUCAACGGGUCAGUCUUUAUUGCCCUGCUUCGAAGAUUCGACUGCAACUUUGACCUCAAGGUCCUCAAUGCUCAGAAGGCGGGUUAUGGCGCCGCUGUGGUGCACAACGUGAACUCCAACGAGCUUCUGAACAUGGUGUGGAAUAGCGAGGAAAUCCAGCAGCAGAUCUGGAUUCCGUCAGUGUUUAUCGGGGAGAGGAGCUCCGAGUACCUGCGCGCCCUCUUUGUCUAUGAGAAGGGGGCUCGGGUGCUGCUCGUCCCCGACAACAGCUUCCCUUUGGGCUAUUACCUCAUCCCUUUUACGGGGGUCGUGGGGCUGCUGGUCUUGGCCAUGGGAGCCGUGAUGAUAGUCCGUUGUGUCCAGCACCGGAAACGGCUCCAGCGCAACCGACUGACCAAAGAGCAGCUAAAACAGAUUCCCACGCAUGACUAUCAGAAGGGAGACCAGUAUGACGUCUGUGCCAUCUGCCUGGACGAGUAUGAGGACGGGGACAGGCUGAGGGUGCUCCCCUGUGCUCACGCCUACCACAGCCGCUGCGUGGACCCGUGGCUCACCCAGACCCGGAAGACCUGCCCCAUCUGCAAGCAGCCCGUGCACCGGGGUCCUGGGGACGAGGAUCAGGAGGAAGAGACUCCGGGGCAAGAGGGUGAUGAAGAAGGGGAGCCAGGGGACCAACCUGCCUCAGAGCGGACCCCGCUUCUGGGCUCCAGCCCCACGCUCCCCACCUCCUUCGGCUCCCUGGCUCCCACCCCCCUAGUCUUCCCCGGGUCUCCGGCAGACCCCCCGUCCUCUCCGUCCUGCUCUUCGGAGGCUGCCUUGCUGGUCUAAUACUCCCCCCCCCCCCCACGCCCUCCAGUGACCUAUUUGCACAGCCCCUUUUCCUCCCUCGGAUCUUCUGUGCUGAGGGACGGGGGACAUUUCCAGCCCAGCUUCCUCCCUUGCCCUUCCCCAUCCUUUUGAAGGGGUCAGGGUGUAGAGGGACUGGGUCUUCAUUUAUGGGGUUAAUAAAAUGUUUUCUGUGAACUGAG